UCCAAGAGGCCGCGCGUCCUUUUCACUACGUCCGUUCGAUUGCUCUGUAGAGACAGGGAGAGAGGGAGAGUCACGGACGCCUCAGUCAUCACCGGUAGAGGUAACCGAGCCGACGCAGCAGCAGCAGGAGCAGUGCAGCAUCAAACAUUAAAACGCCACCCACCUCGUUUGUACAUAUAUAUAUACAUAGAGAUAGACAGACAGGCAGACAGCUACCUCUCUAUCUCCCUCACUCUCUGCGAGGUGAUGAGCACGAAGGGAAUGAAGACGACAAAGAUGGCCGACUUUUUCUGCCGAUCGCCGUCGGCGACGGCGGUUUGCCUGGCCACGGAUCGCCGGUCUGUCAUAAACCCGAGCCGGCUGAUCGACCACGCCAAGCUACUGGACGUCAAGUACUCGAGGCUCAUGGAUCCCAGGCCUGUGGACGUGCAGGGCCGGCAGCUGGCGAUCAAACCAACGCUGCCACCACCGCCAGUGCCCCAACUCAGGAGAUCCAAAUCAGAGAGGAGCCAUCGCCAACGCCAGCUUGCCUACCCACCACCGGCCAAGAGAUCAGAAGUACCUGCCCUCCGCCCCACGUCCGACGCCAGGUUUCAUGUGGUCGUGAUGCGAGUCUCUCUUCAUUGCCAAGGCUGUGCAGGGAAAGUGAAGAAGCACAUCUCUAAGAUGGAAGGGGUGACGUCCUUUAGCAUAGACCUGGAGACGAAGAGGGUAACGGUCAUGGGACACGUCUCGCCGCUGGGCGUCCUGGAGAGCAUUUCAAAGGUGAAGAAGGCAGAGUUCUGGCAUUCUGAGGACUCAACAGUUGCACCAUAAAUGGGGAUAUGGCCAAGCAUCUGCAGAUGGUAUAUUAUUGCCAUUUAAUUGACUCUGGAUUUUGACGUUUGCCUCCCUCUGUUUACUUGCUUUAGUCUCUCUCUGUUGUUCCUUUUUCCUGUUCUUUUCGUUUCUUGAAAGAUGAGAAGGUGGUGGAGUCUGUGCAUAAUGGGAUUUGUAAUUGUUGAUGGUAGUUGCUAAUUUUAAUAACAGCAGACAUUGCAUACCAGCGAAAGAAAAACUGCAGUUUCAUGGCA